AUGACUUUGAGUUCAUCUCUUGAUUAUACAGUCGCCGACGAGCGAGCAUUCCGGUUGCUGUCGUUCAAAUGGACCCUUGCUUGGGACAAAAAGGACAUCGACACUUGGCUUUCAAUCACAGGACCUACUAUAGUAGCUGACUAUACCGACUACCCAGCUGUAGGAAUUCUCAAGCAAGGCAGCCCCGAAGAGCUCUUCAAAUCUUCGUUCUCAAGACCAAACUUGGGCCAUCCGCAACUCGAGACUCAACAUUUCCUUGGGGCGGUGGUUUUCACCCGCGUUAACGAUAACGAGGUGCGUGGCGACUGGCAAGUUCGAGCUCGACAUGUUAGGCGACUAUCUGAUGGGCAGUCACGCGAAUGGGAUUCCAGUGCUUACUGCGAGUUUCUUUAUGUGAAAAUUAACGAAGAGUGGAAGCUUGGCGGCCUACGCCCCCAUACAGUCGUUGCUACAACUGGGCACCCGGAGGAAGUAAUUGGUGAUUUCUGA